AUGUUCUUCUCGGUGAUUUUGUUGGCCCUGAGCCCUUCUGUUUAUGGCGUUGUGGUUGGACAGCGCGAUAUUUCGGGACCGCAGCCUAUCAUCCAUCAACAACAUAUUGGAAAUGUCAACAGCACACAUUGCCUAUCUCCAGAUGCUGUCCAAACAGCCAGCACCCUUACCGGCCAGGGAGAGGGAACCAAUGGCAUCUACGAUGGCCAGACAGCCUCGAAGGUUGACGAUGCCAACUUUAUCAAUGUCUGUGCUGGGCUGCCUCUGACAAACGGCCGGCAGCUAUCGACCUCGUCAUGCAACGGUAUACCUAUCGGCCGGCUACCGGCCAAGGCGAAUAUGGUGGCGUCGCUGAUCACGGCGCCGGCCUGGAAUGCCACGCUGCCCGCACACACCACGUUCGACAUUGUCAUUCAGACGGUGCAUCUGCGGGCGGGCCACCUCGUAAACCCGCUGUGCAACUACUACACGGCGCCUCAGGACCUCGAUGAGCACGGCGAUAUCUAUGGACAUUGCCACAUCACAGUGCAAGCCUUGCCAACUGGAAUCACAGGCGAAGCAGCGGAUGCCCUUGCCCAUGUACCAGACCCGUCGUCGUUUGUCUUCUUUAAAGGUGUCGAUGACCCGGUCACAGCCGAUGGGCGGUUGCAGACGACCGUCCCUGGGGGUCUGCCGGCAGGCUCAUAUCGGGUGUGCACCAUGAUUGCAGCCCAAAACCACCAACCCGUGCUCAUGCCGGUGGCCCAACGUGGCGCUCAGGAUGACUGCGUGCGAUUUCGUGUUACUGGUGGGGACUGA